AUGCAAACUGUUGGAAGAGUAAUUAAUACUAGUCCCCUGUGUAGAGAAGUGAAAGGUUGUGCAGGUAUUGUCACAUUAUUACCUACUACAUAUUGUAUUAGUUAUCAAAGUUAUGGAUCAUUUAGUAACUUUCAAGGCAAACGUUUUCAUUCUACUUCCAAACUAUUAUUGAACUCAAAGAAAUCAUAUGAGAUAAAUAAAGAGCUAUCUAAACGACAUAGUAAGAGUAAAUUACCCGAAUUCAAUCCUAAGUUUAUGGGUGUGGCUACAGAAAUUUUUAUUCCUGCAUCAAGAAAAAAUCUACCAAGCAUCAUUUCACAACCGAUCGUGGUGUUCAAAACACUGAUUAGAAGAAUAUAUAUGUUUGGUUUGAACACAUUUAAGAUUGGAUUAUUUAGGCUACAGUCUGGGAAUAAACCUGAAUUCUUGCUUUGGAAAAAUAAUGCUAUAGGAAAUUACAUCGAAGUCAAUAAAGCCUUUGCGUCGAGGAGAAUAGAUAAAGUGAAGAAUCAUGUUUCUGUUUGGGUAGAGAGGGCUCUUUUGCUACGUUCUGAAAGUUUGCCAAAGAAUAUUAAAUUGAAUUGGCAGGUGGUUAAGUUCAAUGAAGUGCCGAAAUUAAUGUCCUUGGACCCCAUCAUGGUACCUGGGAUGCCACUUGAAUAUAUUCAAUUGGUAUACAGAUUUAAUACUAAACAAGAAUUGAUAAAGAUCGACACAGAGACUAAGGAGAGUGAAAAGCAGGUAAGAGACAUUGUGGAUUAUUUGGUAUUCUUGUGUGAUACAAAUACAAAUGAAAUGAUGUUAUCUGGUUCUAUCUUUGAAAGUAAACCAGGUGCACCAUUACCAAAACAAGUCAUGGCAGGUGAUAAGAAAAAAGUUUUAGCACGUAUGAAGGAAUGUGGUGAUAUUUUCAGAUUACCACCUGAAAAUAUUGAGUAA